GCGCACCGUACUCUCGCCCAACGACACUCAACACAGACUGCGACCAUGGCCGAUGACGACAACGACGAGCACCGCCUGACGGACGGCGUGUCUGUGGACGCGGUCAAGACCUUCCUCGCAGACCUGAAGAAGGAGUUCCCCGACACGUACACCGAGAUGACAACGGAGGAUGCCUGCAAGCAGCUCGUGGUGCCACGCACACAACAAGACAACUGCGCGUACGUCGACCUCUUGCGCAAGCAGUCAUCACAUGAACAUGUAGGCAAGGCCACCGUGUUUGUGUCGCACGCGUGGCGAUACAAGAUCGCAGACGUGCUCAACGUGCUGCUGGAGUUUGCUGAGGAACAAAGAGCAAGCAAGGAAGACAGCCAGCCCGUGUUCUUCUGGUUUGACCUCUUCAUGAACAACCAAAACGCCAACGUCACCGCCAACCUCCCACAAGAGUGGUGGAGCACGACAUUCAAGGAGUCGAUUGCCAACAUUGGGCGCGUGCUGCUGGUGUUGAUGCCGUGGCGUGACCCCGUGCCACUGACCCGUGCGUGGUGCCUGUGGGAAAUCUUCUGCGGCAUCAGCAACGAGGGCACAGAGGUCAACAUCCGCCUGCCCAACAGCGAGGAGAAGGCGCUGGAAGAUGCCAUCUCUGACAACUACGAGGCAGUGACCGAUACUUUGGUGCGCGUGCAGGCAGAGCGGGCAGAGGCCUUCAACCCGCGCGACAAGGACAUGAUCUUCGAGGCCAUCCAGAACGGCGUGGGCUUUGGUGCUCUCAACCAGGCCGUCAAGGACCAGCUGCGCGCGUGGUGCCUGGAGAAGGCGGUGGCGGCGGUGACGGGCAUGCACGCACGAGGCGAGGACAAGACCGAGGCAUUCGCACGGUUGUGCCACCAAGUGGGGCUUGUCCUUCGUGAGUUUGGCGAGCACGAUCAGGCCAUUGCAUACUAUGAGGCGGCGCUGGCGCUCCACGCUGAGGCGGGAAACGAGGGCGACGUGGCUGCGUUGAAGGCCAGCAUUGGCAUCGCAUACACCAAGAAGGGCGAGUACGACAAGGCGCUCGGCUUCUUGGAAGCAGCACUGGCAAUCCUGCUGCGCACCGAAGGGGAGAACGGAGACAGCGUGGCUACGGUGUACACGAACCUUGGUGAGGCGUACGAUGACAAGGGCGAGUACGACAAAGCGAUUGAGCACCACAAGAAGGGCCUCGCCAUCACAGCGAAGAAGCUGGGGGAGCAGCACGUGAGGACAGCCGUGGCAUACAACAACCUUGGCGCUGCAUAUCACGGCAAGGGCGAGUUUGACAAGGCUGCUGAGUGUUACCAGAAGGCACUCGCCAUCAGGGUGGAAGCGCUGGGGGAGAAGCACCCGAACACGGCCGCAUCCUACAACAACCUCGGCAUCGCCUGCAGCAACGACGGCCAGUACGACAGGGCCAUUGAGAAUUACGAGAAGGCGAAGGAGGUGUUUGUGGAGACGUUGGGGGAGACGCACCCGAGCACAGCAUCAAUCUACGACAACUUGGGCCUCGCCUACGCCAGCAACGGUGACCAUGACAAGGCGAUUGAGCACUAUGAGAAGGCCCUCGCCAUCGCGCUGGAGAGGCUGGGCGAGAAGCAUCCGACCACAGCGCAGUCCUACGGCAACUUGGGCAACGCCUUUGACAGCAAGGGCGACCACGACAAGGCGAUUGAGUACCUGGAGAAGGCUCUCGCCAUCAGGGUGGAGACGCUUGGAGAUAAGCACCCAAGCACAGCCAGUACAUACAACAACUUGGGCAACGUCUACAAGAGCAACGGCGAGUACGACAAGGCCAAUGCGUUUUAUGAAAAGGACCUCUCCAUCACCGUGGAGGCGUUCGGAGAGAAGCACCCUAGCACGGCCAUGACGCUUGCCAACAUCGCCCUCGUGCAUGAUGAACGUGGCAACAAGGAGCAGGCGUGCGACUACAUGCAACGCGUGGUUGACAUUUUCACAGAGACGCUUGGACCAGACCACCCGAACACACACCGAGCUGAAGCCGACCUGCGGCGCAUUCGCGGAGACCGUGCUGAUGACACCAGCCAGCCCAAACAAGCACAUCAACAGCAACAGCAGCCCAUUUCCGGGCACCCCACCAAGCCGCUUGCGGGGUGGCUGCAGAAGCGGGGCCGUUGGCGGAGGGCUGCGUAUCGCCCGUUCUGGUGCAAGGCUGAGGAUGGCCACCUGGAAUAUGGCGAGUCGGCAGACCGAGCAGCAAAGCGGCGCAUCCCGCUUUCAACCGUGCAGUCAGCUGAGCUUACUCAGGGUGGUGAGGAGCUGCACGUAACCGUGCCUGGGCGAACCUUUGUCUUCCGCCUGGACGACCGUUCGGAGCUGACGCUUGCCGACUGGCGCAACGCCAUCAAGAUGGGAGCGAGUGGAGAGAAGUGA